ACAAGAUGGCGGCGGCAGGUCCGAGCACUCGGGCUUCUUCCGCGGCGGCCGCGGCAGCUCUGAGUCGGCGGAGCCGGCGGGGCCGCUGUGACGAGAUGGCGGCAGCGAAAGCCGGGGUUCCGGGCCCGGCCUCCAGCCCCGCGUUGUUAGUGUUGCGGUCAGCGCCACGGCCGGAGGAGUCGGGCUGCACCGGGUGUCCGGAGACCCCGGGGGAAGUGGCGGCCCUGCCGGGCAGCCACUCGCGGUGCCGAGGCUGCGCCUCGCGCGCGGCGGGCCCGGGCUGCCGUCGCUGCCGUCCCCGCGGCUCGGGCUGGGCCCGCCGUCGGGCGCGCGACGACGGCCAGGCCGCCGCGGAGCUGAUGGGCGAGCGCGCCCGUCGUGGACAGCCGGACCGCUGCCGCCCGCGCCGGGACGGGGGCGCGGCUGCCUCGGGGCCCAGACCGGAGCCGGAGCCGCUCGCGGAGCCAGAGUUUAUAUUCAGAACGCCAAUCAAGUUAAGCAAGCCUGGAGAGCUCGGUGAGGACUAUGGAUGCCUGCGGAAGCUGAGAGGGGAGAAGUUACAGGAAGAAAAAGCUUGUGAUGAUCAGAUACACAAGCUACUGCAGGAGGAUUCCGAAGUCGGGAAGAGGAAGACUGAUGAACAGAAAAAAAGGGACGAGCCAGCGGGGCUGAAAACAAGUCUGGAGCAGUGUCCUGCGAGGCUCUCGGAUUCAGAGAAUGAAGAGCCUUCUCGGGGUCAGAUGAUGCAGACCCAUCGCUCUGCCUUUGUUUCCAAGAACAGCUCCUGCUCCUUAGCGCUCCUGGCAGGGAAGUUAAACACCAAGGUGCAGAGAAGUCAGAGCUGCAGUGACACAAUUCAAGACAGAGUGAGGAGCAGGCUCAGAACAGCUCCACCCAACAGAGCCAAGAUCACAACUAUAACUCCAGGCUCCACCCCCAUUAUCGGUGUUCUCUUGUCUACUCAAAACAACCGCUGCCUCUCCGCCCCUGACUUAACCAUCGAAAAGCGCCUGCCCUUCAGCUCCCUUUCAUCCUUGGCUUCCUUGCAUAAGCCAGAGCGCUCCAUCAGCCCUGAAAGCAAUGACAGCAUCUCUGAAGAGCUAAACCACUUCAAGCCCAUCGUCUGCUCGCCGUGCACCCCUCCCAAGAGACUCCCUGAUGGCCGAGUGCUCAGUCCUCUCAUCAUCAAGUCAACGCCUCGCAACCUGACCAGAAGCCUGCAGAAGCAGACUUCAUAUGAGGCCAGUCCUCGCAUCCUCAAGAAGUGGGAGCAGAUCUUCCAGGAGCGGCAGAUCAAGAAGACCCUUUCCAAAGCCACUCUCACCUCCCUGGCUCCCGAAGCAGGGGAAGAGUUUCCAGGUUCUGAAGCAAUCCAUUCCAGCAAGGAGAGGCUGCCUCUGGCUUCUAAUCCAAGGCUGUCCAGGGUCCAGGUGCUCUCCGAGUGCGCUGGGCCCACCUCCGCGGCCCUUGAGAGCUUCCCCUCUGUUAACCAGACAAAAGUAGAACAGGACUGUGUUAGAAAACGGAGCCAUGAGUUCUCACUGGAAGCCUACCAUUCCUCAGAGCACAGAGGAGCAGCCAGUGGACCUUCUUUGGAAGGGGAGCAGUUUGAGGAGUCCAGGUCCACCGUGGAUGCCACAUUAGUCAAAACUUGCAUAAGCACAGUCAUGAAGACUGCAGCAGUUAAUUCACUGCUACCCAAAAAUGAUGUUUUGGGUGGGGUCCUCAAAACAAAGAAACAACUGAGGACACUCAGUCAUUUUGAUCUGGGUAAUGGCAUUCUGGUCAACAGCCUAGGAGAGGAGCCGAUUCCUUCCCUGUGCAGAGGCCGGAAAAGGCGCUGUAAGACCAAGCACUUGGAACAAAACGGUGUUAAGAAACUGCGACCGCCGAGCAGUGACAUGGGCCUGGCCCCCAAGGACCCAGGGCUGCUUGAGGUGGGGCGGAAAUUGCAGCAGGAGGAAGAGGACCAGCAGCUGGCUCUGCAGUCACAGCGCAUGUUUGACAGUGAGAGGCGGACUAUGAGCCGGCGAAAAGGAAGUGUGGAUCAGUAUCUCUUGAGGUCCAGCAGCUUGACUGGGGCCAAGUAGCACUUGAUGUACAGAGUAAUGCUACCUGCUUCAGAGGUCCUUGACCUCAAUCAUUUAUCCAAAAGAGCUAGCUGAAUGUUCUCAUUUUGAGUUCCUUUCAAUGGUAAAACACUGUCUGCUAUGGUUCUGAGAGGAUCCAGGGCCUUGGUAUUCAAAAGCCAAGUGUCUGCAUCUUUGGCUUUCUAGGACCAGGGCCAGCACUCCUCAUUCUUUGAGUGGACCAACUCUGAAGGCUUCUGGGCCCAAAUCUGGCAGUACCCACUUGGAGUGAGCUUGGGAGUGGCCCUCAUUCAUGAGCGUGGUGGCCAGUGUUAGAGAUGGUAGGGAGGGAGAUGGGAUACCUUCUCAGACUCAGAAAACCCCUGGCUUCUUACCACAGAGUGGUGUUUUAAGUUAGCCUUGCAGAUAAACAUGGAUUCUUUUCAGAGACAAGCAGUGCCAGUACUUUGGAAGAGCCAAGAUAAAUAGAUGCUCACAUUCAUCUUCCCUCCCCUUUGCUACAAGUAAUUUCUACAUACUCAAAUCAGUUGAGCUUAGAACUUUUACCUCUACAGAAAUUAAUUUGUGUUCUCUGUUUAAACUAUGACAUUUGAUUGAAGCAGUGUGGCUGACAGCUGGUCUUCCUGAGACCUGACUUAUAAGUGCUGUCAGCUGGAUGAGAAGGCCACAGUGUAGAUGUCCAGGUUCUCUCAGCUGCCAGGUGGCCUAGCCCAGACUGACCACUGACUCUCAGGCCACAAGUCCCAGGGAUUCUCUACAAUCACAGGGCGCCCAAAGGAAGUACAGCCUAGGGCAUGCUAGGGCCAGGACUGAAUGUGACAGUGCAAAGCCCACCUAGAAGCACUUCACCUUGCCGGGAUGGAAAGCAGAACUGGAGUGACCUCACAGCCUGCUUACAGGCUCCUGUUCUCCCGGGAGUCCUGGCCUGGGAGACUAACUGGGAGGUUUCCUUACUCCUUCCCAGGUGGCAAUGGCUAUCUGCAAUUUUUGAUCUAAAAAUCAUGAAAAAAAUCUUGCCCUAAAGUCAGGCAAAGGACAAAGCCGAAACUCCAUACUGUGGAAACAAGGUAUCUCGCUGGAUGCAGCUGGUCAAUUCAGUCCCAUGGACCUUUGGGGUUGGUUUUUCUUAGCAGCUUGACACCGUGUGUCUUUCGCAUCCCUGGUGGUGCUUGGUGCUUCUGCCCUUCUGGGCUCAUUGAGAGUGGGGAUUAUGAUACAGUGUUAGGGACUCUCGGGUGGGUUGGCCUCUCCUGUGUUUGUAUGAGAUGUUACCAUAGUCAUGUGACUGACAUUUUAACAAACCUUCCAGAGCUUUUACACCAGUCCUAUGUUGUCCCCUUUCAAAGGUCCCAGCAGGAUACUCCAUAGUUGUCUGGUGACGUUGCCUUUGAUCAGAAUGUUUCUGAAACGUUUGAAGCUAGAAGUAGCUGGAGUUUAGACUCACUGUUCUGUGCCAAGGGAGAUGUCAGUCUCUGGGAAUUCUAGAAGAGAGAACUUCAGAUUUGGAGUUAGGCAGAAACGGGUUGAAGCUUCUGAAGGUGGGAAGAAGGGUGUAGAGUCCCAAGCACGAUGUCCCUUGAAGCAGACAGAACUUAAUUUCUCUGCAGUUCCCAGGAAUGUUAGAUGUGUAAGGUGGCUUCAGAAGCUGCUCUGGCAGGAACUGUGUGAGUCUGGAGUGGGUGUGUUUUUAAAACAUGCAAUAGUCUCAUUACUUUAUACUCACACGGCUUUACUCCCCAUCUAGGCAACUUAGGGUUUUUCAGGGCUGUGGGAAGGCAGGCCAGCGCCCCAGGGAGGAGAGCUGGCCCUGGCUGCAGAAACCGGGAAAUCCCAUUAGAGAAAACUUAGAAAUGUCUACCAUGUCAUGUAUUUCCUUUAUGAGCUUAGUAAUUAUUAUUGGAAGGCUAGUCUUACUGGGUAGCAUUAAAGACACUUAUUUUUCCACUUGCCACCCUUUUAUAUGUCACUAAUGCUUAGAAAAACACCUUCAGUUGGAAUUAAUUUUUGGUUUUGGUAAGAAGAUAAAAUAUUUUAAUAGAUGAAAGAUAUAUAUUUUAAAUAUUCCCCUGCCCCUAGUGACUACCUUGAGUAAGAAUGCGUAGCAGUGGCAACAAGUGUGGGCUCAGGUGCUGUUGCUGCUGAGUGAGUGUUGCAGACACUGGGCUGUCCCUCUGUACCUCCCCCUCACCCCCGGGAGACCCCGAGGACUGUAGACAGUGUUCUUUCCCAUAAUUCCUGCUGAGAGCAGUGGCCCUUGAAAUAGAGGCAAAACAGUUUUGUUGAGAAGGCAUGGCUUAUUUAGUUUGCUUACCCUUGAAAAAUGGAAAAACUACUAAAGUAUCUGCAUACAAGAUGCUCUCAAACUUAGUGAAACCUGAACACUUCAUUUCUGAGAAUCCCCAUCUUGGUGUUUGACUGAAGUCCAUUGCAGCUCCAGUUGCUGACAGGGAUCCCAUAGGAGAAAAUGGACCAGGGAAGAGAACGUUUGGGAGGCUGGUGAGCUCCAGUGGAAGACACCAUUUCACAGCUAGAACUAACUGCAGUCACUGUAGUCCUAGCCACCUGCACACUGCCCACAUUCUGCUGUGCCCUUUAAUGUGUGUGCAAAGAGGAAACUAGGAGGGACAGGAGGGGGAGUCUUUCUGAUGGGGAAUCCAAGAGAUGUGCUGUCCCUCAAGAGGGCCUGGUAGCCCUUCUCUAGAGAGGGUAACCCUUAUACCUUUUGAAGAAGUCAUCUGAAAUCAUCUGGGCCUGAUGUGCUGGUAUCAAGUCAGGGAGUCUGCCAGCACCUAGCCUCUGUCCUCUGUCCCUUAGUUGCCUCUUAAAAAAAAAGUCUUGUCUAGGAAUCUUUCCUAACUGACCUCAUUUAUUUAAAAAAAAAAAAAAUCAUUCUUUGAUUAUGGAAGAAGUACUGGUCAUAAGUGGUCUUUAUUUUUUAAGGUAAAGUGCCCCUCAGAAAUUAAAGCUAUUUAAUUAGUUAUUAUCUGAUUACAAACUAGCCACUGACUAAAAUGGGAGGCUAAUGAGGGAGGCUGUGUUCAUUCAGAAGGCACUUUUGAGCUCUUAGACCUGCCACCCUGUGCUGGACCAUAGAUUAGCCCCUCUCACUAAGGGCCAUGUGUAGUGCAGUGCGCGUGGAUGCCUUUGACCCAAGAGUGUAUUCAUGAACUUUGAAAGGCUGUUCCAUCUCUGGCAAUGCUCUACAGUGUUCCUGUUCAGGAGAUCUGGCUCAGCAGAUCACUCACAUUUUCCAUACUUUAUCAGUAUUUCUGAGUUUGAUUAACUCUGCUUUUUCUUAAGUAAUUUUCCCAAGGAAGAAUGGAUUUUCUCCUGCAGUGAUUAUAGCAUAGUCACCCCUGUUCAAAGGCUGCAUUUAGCUCAAAUCCCAAGAAAUGAGGCAAGUCUGGAUCACCCUGAAGAAGAAGCCUGCCGUUCAUUUGAGUGACCUCCUAGUGCACCCCAAGCUGACCUCUCCAGACCUGCAGUGACGUGGGCUUGCUUUCUAACUUGUCAUUGAAGCAGAGAGCCAGUAGGAACGGAUAGCUAGCUCAUCAUCAUGAGGUCAUUGUGAAAGGGAAACCCAAAUGACAGGUUUUAUGAUGUUUCUUUCUUCCGUUUUCUUCAGUUAAGAAAUACCCGUAUCUCCUGAAUAUACCCACAAUCUAUAAAGUACUUAGUAGGGGGUAGCCCGUAGUGUGAUUUAAGGUGAGAUUUUGGUUGGAGUAGCUGUCAUUUUAAUUAACAGCCUUUACGGUUUCUUUCACUCAAACUCCAUAGGGUCCUAACCUGUCCUCAGCCAGCCCUUUCCUCACCAGCCAUACAGUCCUCUUUAGACUGAGCCCUUAGGAUGAUGGAGCUGGAGUUCUUAUAACUCAGUAGGAUUUGAGGAUGAGGCUGCUCACAGAAAAAAAAAAAAUUUUUUUUUUGAGAUGACACAGAUGCACAUUUCCCAGAUUGUUAGCCAUUCUGAGGAUUGUUCUGUGGAAGAGACUUGAAGGUACACAGAGGUUACCAAUUUUUAGUCAUACAGGAUGGAGGAAAAAGUGCCAUGUCCCCAUGAGCAGACAGCUUUGGGUGUUGGCAGGAUUUCUUCUGCGGGGGAGAAUGCACUCUUGUGUUUCCUGAGUUUGUUGCCAGGAGUGUGGGAACUUACACCACACAAGAGCUGACCCUAGACUCUGAGGCCCCUCCCUCCCUCACUCUUCGGAGUCUUGGGUCCAGGAGGAGUUAGACAAGGCCAUGCUAAGGCCAGACUUGGUCAUGCCCUUCCCAAUGCUGUGUGUGAGGCACAGACAGUUCAGCCUUCGGAUGUCAAGCUGGGCAGGGAGCAGCUUCACCGUGGUCCCAGAUACCUGCAGCUGCAGCCGGGUUCUCUCUACCUGCCCACCAAACCAAGCCCCGGUGCAGCCCAGCAGAGCCCAGUGUGCUCAGGCAUAACCACCAGUAAAGCAAGCAGGCAGACUAUGCAGGAGGGGAAUAACCAGCUGAAAUGCCAACUAGUGCUUGUCUUCUACCUGAUAACUGUUUACUUGUAACUGUAUAAAUGUAGUGGUCCUAAGAGCCCAGAGGGAAACCUUUCCACCUUCUGUUGGCUUUAGGCUCCCUGUGGUCUGGUGAUUGUGAUUUAUCCAACCUGUUUACAUUAGAAUUGGAGAAGGGGCCCUGGAUCUUGGGCUGCCACUGCUGUCUGUAUCCCCUUGACUCCUAAAGAGCCUUUUGAUAGAGGGACUUGGGACAAGGUAUGCCCGUGUCAAGGAUGCUUUUACCACAAAGGAAUGGUAUGGAAUCAAGUGGGAUGGUUGAUGGAUGAUUAACAAAAGUACCAAAGUGCAUUCUUCAAUGUGUAUGUGCCUGUUCCAGGCAAGACCCAAGUUGAAAAUGCAGUAAAGCAGACUCAUGAAAGCAAACAGACUAUUUCUGGUCCGUCUGAAGAGCUGUGUCUCAGCAUGGCCGAAGCUGAAGGUGGCAGGUGUUUGGGCGCUGUCAGAGCUAGGGGGUAUCUGGGUUAGUGCUCUCGGGGCUGGGUUAGAAUGCCUCACAAGGAACAAUAUGCUUUUUGAUGUGUUCUAAUGGACAUUACUUACUGUCUCCUGAUCUCAUGUGACCACUCCUGUCCCUCUGAAGGUACCAAGAGUAAAGAAUGACUUGGGGACACCAUUGUCCUUGUACCUUUGGCCACUCUUAGCAAUCUGUUUUUUUUUAAAGUAUCCU